AUGAAAGUGGCAGACGAUGAUUUUGACCUUGAAGUCCGUGGCUAUCGCCAGGAAAUGCCACGGCAGUUCUCUGUAUUCAGCUUGGUGGCUCUAUCUUUCAGUUUGACCUGCACUUGGUCUGGUACCGGAUCUUCCCUUGGUGUGGCCCUUCAAGAGGCAUCGGCAGCUGGGGUUCUUUGGUCUCUUCCAGUUGCAGGAUUAAUGACUGCCAUUCUGUCGGCUGGUGUGGCGGAAUUGGCAUCUGCAUUCCCUGUUGCAGGGGCUCAGUACUACUGGGCCUAUUGUCUUUCCUCACAGGAGUAUCGAGCUUUUGCAUCCUAUAUAAAUGGCUGGCUUAGUAUACUUGGAUGGUGGUUGGCAAGUGCCUCCGCAUGCAACUUCAUCUCCUCGUUGAUUCUAUCAAUUGCCUUCCUGUGGUAUCCAGACUAUGAAUCCAAGAGCUGGCAUCAAUGGCUGGUUUAUGUGGGCAUUAUCUGGUUAGCUGUGGCAUUGAACACGUUCGGAUCUCAGAUCCUGCCCUUGUUCAACCAGUUCAAUUUCAUCGUUGCAUGUUGCACACUUACAGCAACAACUGUCACCCUUUUCGUCUGUAGUCGGAACAACCACGCCGCAGUUGACUGGGUGUUUAGCGAUACAACCAAUAGCACGGGAUGGUCCAGUGAUGGCCUCGCUUUCAUCCUGGCGAUCAGCAACUCCGUCUACGCCUUCCUCGGGACAGAUUGCGGUGCACAUCUAUGCGAGGAGAUUCGCGAGCCUGCAAAGAAUACGCCGAAGAUCAUUUUGUUUCCGAUCUUGAUUGGGCUGGGAACUGCAUGGCCCUUUGCCUGUGCUUUUCAUCCUCAAUUCAAGAUCCCGUUGAACGCACUUUGCCUCUCAGCAACAGUUAUCUCGCUAUACGGCCUCAUCUUCUUGGGUUCAACAACCGCCUUCUCGGCAAUGGUCGGAGCAGCAGUGAUCUUCCUGCAAACAUCCUGUGCCCUCCCACAGGCCAUACUCCUCUGGCGUGGACGAGACAAAGUUCUCCCAGAGCGUGCCUUCUCCUUGGGCAGACUGGGACCCGCGAUCAACUCCAUUGCCGUGAUGUGGGUGGUCUUCUUGGACAUUAUCUUUUUCCUACCUACCGAAAUGCCCGUUACAAAGGAGAACAUGAACUAUGUCUCCGUUGUUUCGGUGGGGCUGACAGGUUUUGUUUUGGGAUUGUAUUUCUUUUCUAAAAGGGGCCGCUUUAAUGGGCCCAUGGUUCUGGAUGUUCAUGUCCAACGGGUUGAUGCUGUUGCUGCUGAGCAAGGCGACGAUUCAUUGAAUAGGGAAUCAGCGAAGAAACAGUGGUAA